AGAGUCCAGUGAAGGUGCGUUCCUGCAGCAAACUGGAGUAGGAUAUACGCCUGCCUACAACAAACAACAGACUUCAUUACACAGUAGGAAUGGAAACCAUGCGGGAGCUGAUCCCCUUUGCCAAAGAGAUGUUGGGACAGAAACCCAGUCGGGGUCUUUUGAAGGUUUAUCUGCUGGGCUCUAUGUUUGCUGUACUGGGGACAAUCAUCGGGUUGGUUGAAACUGUUUGUCAACCCUUCUCCUCUGGUCAGUGGAUGGAUGCAGAAAUGGUCCAGAUGUUUGCCCGGGAGCAGAGAACUGUAAAGGCGGAGUCACAGAACAAUGUGGGAGGCCAGGAAGGUACGGAGGAGAAUGAGGAGGAGGAGCUGGCUCAUAAAAAUGGGGCAACGACCCUCAGUAUGACAUUCUCUAAGACUCACAGACUCAGCCAUCGAAGCAUGGCAAACCGGCUGCAUGCUUCCUAAAGCCAAAAGGAGUCAACACCAGUGACUUGAGAUAUUUAUUAGAGUUCUCCUGCCACAUCAAUGAGCUACACACACACACACCCACCUGCCACUCUGUGCUGCUUACGAAUUAGGUUUACUAUCCAGUGGUCAUAGGUUAGUAAUGUAUUAAUAAUGAAGGCAGCAUAAACUGCGGUAUAGCACCACCUAUUGUCUAGUGGAUGUGUCUGCUGCUACAGCUACAUACAUCUUAAAAGAGGAACAAUGUUGGAAAUAUUAUGCUGUAUGAAAAUACUGUAAAUGUGCAACUUUCGAAGAUCACUUUAUUUAUUUAACCUCAUUUUUUUUACUUUAAGAUUGAAUGUUCAAAGAUGAAUGCUGUAAAUGUUAAAUAAAUCACCUGGUGUCAUUUUGUACAA